AUGCUCUCCUUCACCCGCGUGCUCACGAAGAGCCAGCCCCGCUGGACCCGGGCGUUCGCCGUGCACUCGUCGGCGCCACAGCCGGCGUCGUACGAAUCGAACAAGCAGACCGAGACCAACAAGCUGGAGAAAACGAUGGCCAAGUUCUGGGAAAAGGUGUCGGUCGGCGAGUGCGAGGACGGCACGUACGUGGUGCAGCUCGACCAGAAGACGAUCAAGACACCGCUCGGGUUCGACAUGAAGAUCCCGGCAGCCAAGCGGUCGCUCGCAUACCUGCUCGGAAACGAGUGGAAGGCGCUGCCUAGCCUGCAGAUCCGGCCCUACCUGGUGCCGCUCACGUCGCUCACGUCGAGGUGCAUCGACCUCCACGAGGCCCAACACACGGACGACGUCGAGGUGAAGACCAAGGUGGGCGACCUCUCCACCGUGAAGACCCUGCUUCUGCGCUACCUCGACACAGACACGCUGCUCGUGUUCUCGCCGCUGGAGGACUGCGACGGCGACCUGCGCAAGGAGCAGGAGAAGUGCUACAGACCCGUCAUCCGCAGCAUGGAGCAAUUCUUCUCCAGGUUCGCCGACGACGGCCAGCCCGUCUCCCUCACCUACCUCGACUGCAGCAAGGACGGCCUCGUCGGCAACUCCCAGACAGAGCACACCAAGAAGGCCGUGCUCAACUACCUUGACUCGCUCAACACCUGGGACCUCGCCGCCCUCGAGAAGGCCACCCUCGUGGGCAAGUCAUUCCUCGCCGGCACCGCCAUCUUGAGAAACGCCGACUACGCCGACGACUUCAUCUUAACCGUGGAAGAGCUCGCCAGACUCGUCACCCUUGAAACCGUCCUCCAGACAGCUAGAUGGGGCGAGGUCGAAGACACCCACGACGUCGACAAGGUCGACAUCAAGAGAAACCUUGCCAGCGCAGCCUUGGUGGCCUUCAACGCCAAGAAAUAG